AUUCAGAUUAUGCAGAGUUUAAUUCCUGAGGUAUUGAACUUCUGUAAAAACGAAGUGUUUGACAUUCUUAUAUAGCACCCCAAAACUGCUUACUUUUGCAAGAUUAAUCCAAACAUUCAACCAUGGAAACAGAUUUCCAAGGCUACAUCAUACUCUUCCUUGUUUGGCUAGUCUCCACAAUCCUUGUCCGAACCAUAUUGGCCAAAUUUCGGACCAAUUCUCGCCUUCCACCAAGUCCAAUGGCAUUACCAAUCAUUGGACACCUUCACCUCCUUGCCCCAAUACCUCACCAAGCUCUUCACAAGCUAUCAAACCGCCUUGGACCUUUAGUGCACAUCUUUCUGGGUUCUGUCCCUUGUGUAGUUGUUUCAUCCCCCGAAAUGGCGAAAGAGUUUCUCAAGACUCAUGAAGCUUCCUUCUCCAACAGACCACAUAUGGCUGCUGUUGAUUAUCUUACAUACGGGUCAGCUGAUUUUUCGUUUGCGCCUUAUGGACCCUACUGGAAAUUCAUGAAGAAACUUUGCAUGUCUGAACUUCUCGGUGGAAGAACACUUGAUCAGCUCCUUCCAGUGAGGCGUGAAGAGAUGACGAGCUUCAUAGACUUGAUGCUAAACAAGGCCAAGGCAAAUGAAGCAGUUGAUGUUGGAGCUGAGCUUAUGAAUGUAACCAACAAUAUCAUAUCAAGAAUGCUUAUGGGGCAGGGUUGUUCUGCGAGCGAAAAAGAGGCUGAUGAGGUCAGAAAGUUGGUCAAAGCUGUUGCUGAGCUAACAGGGAAGUUCAAUUUGUCAGACUUCAUUUGGUUUUGUAAGAACUUGGAUUUGCAGGGAUUUGGGAAAAAUCUUAAGAAAGUGCGUGAUCAGUUUGACACUAUGAUGGAGAGGAUCAUAAAGGAGCAUCAAGAGGCACUAAAGAAGAAGAAAGUGGCAGAAAGUGAUGGUUAUGUUAAAGAUUUGCUCGACAUUUUACUUGAUAUAUCUGAAGAUGAGACCUCAGAGAUCAGACUCACUAGAGAAAACAUAAAGGCCUUCAUCCUGGACAUAUUUGCUGCUGGUACCGACACAUCUGCGAUUACAACAGAAUGGGCACUAGCGGAGCUAAUCAACCACCCAGAUAUCAUGAACAAAGCAAGACAAGAAAUCAACACCAUAAUUGGGAACAACAGGCUAGUACAAGAAUCAGACAUUGCAAACCUUCCAUACCUGCAAGCCAUAGUGAAAGAGACACUAAGGCUUCAUCCAACAGGUCCAUUAAUUGUGAGAGAGUCAACUGAACCCUGUUCAAUUGGCGGCUAUGAUAUUCCAGCAAGAACCAGGUUGUUUGUUAACGUGUGGGCUGUCAACAGAGACCCCAAUCACUGGGAGAAGCCUCUGGAGUUUGAGCCAGAAAGGUUUACACACAAUGAAGGUAACGGGAAGAGCCAACUAGACGUGAGAGGACAACAUUUUCAUUUGUUGCCAUUUGGUAGUGGAAGAAGAGGGUGUCCUGGAACCUCACUUGCACUGCAGGUUGUGCAGACAACACUUGCAGCUAUGAUUCAGUGCUUUGAAUGGAAGGUACCUAGUGGUAGUGUUGACAUGGAAGAGGGCCUUGGAUUAACACUUCCAAGAGCUCAUCCAUUGGUUUGUGUUCCAGUUGCUAGGCUCAGUCCCUUUCCAUCUAUUGAUUAAACGUAAAGAAUCAGUAAUUGAUUAUGCUAUAUCAAAAAGGCUAGGUGUAUGCUGGGAAGUCUGGUAAGGACAGUGAUACAUCUUUGAGGGAGGGAGAGUUGAAAUGUUUUACAAGCUUAAUAUAAAGAGGAAUUUGUUGCCUUAUCAUCUUU